ACUAUCUGAGCUUCCAUCCUUAAAAUUUAUGGCAAUCGUCGUCCAACUCGAUCUAGUCCUACAGGCUGACUUACCAAGCUAUCAGUCAAACGUCACAUCACUCACAUUCACGCAGAAAGACAGACAACGCAGUUUAUGAGGUCAGUCCCUUGUCCGUCCGUCUUCAGUUGGAACCACAAUGAGAAUCCGAGUCCGCGGCCCGGCUGGACAGUCAACUAUCUCGUUAGACAACGAUGCAACUGUCGACGUACUCCGCAGACAGAUCACAAAUUCAACGGGACUGUCACACUAUGAGGUGAAAUACGGUUAUCCACAAAUCAGGCCUCUCAAUCUUGAGAGCUUUCCAGCAAGCAAGAGGCUUUCCGACCUGGGAUUGACUCUAAAUGGCGAACAACUAAUUAUUACAAGAAAAGAUGGCGGCAUUCUCCCAGAGACUAGUCAAGAGCAACGCGAGAGCACUACAAGGCAAGAGAUAUUGAGAGAUCCGUUUGUCGAAAAGGUUUCGAAUCAGGGUCCCGAUGACCCGCCGGAAAUCCCGUCACCAGAACAUCAUGGCACCUUUGUGCUCCGGAUCAUGCCUGAUGAUAACUCAUGCCUAUUUCGUGCCAUCAGUAGCGCAACCAUGGGAGGGGUAGAUGUGAUGACCGAAUUACGAUCUGUUGUCGCCCAAACGAUACAGGCGAAUCCAGGUUUAUAUACCGAGGCGGUGCUGGAAAAAAAGCCGGACGAUUAUUGCCAAUGGAUUCAGAAUGAGGACGCUUGGGGCGGUGGGAUUGAACUCAGUAUCUUGAGUAAACAUUUUGAUAUUGAAAUCUGCUCAAUCGAUGUGCAAAGCCUGCGGGUUGAUCGGUUCAACGAGGGAUCCCCAAUGCGGUGCAUUGUAGUCUAUUCGGGAAUCCACUACGACACGAUUGCUCUCUCGCCCUCAAAUCCGCCCUACACUCAUACAGAUGUCCCCGCGGAGUUCGAUACCAAAAUGUUUGACGCCAAUGAUCCUUUCGUCCUCGAAAAGUCACUGGCACUGUGUAAGGUUCUGCAAGAGCGGCAUUAUUACACGGACACUGCCGGAUUCCGUCUCCGCUGCAAUACAUGCGGUAGGACCUUUGUCGGCGAAAAAGGCGCUACGCAGCAUGCAGAACAGACGGGACACGUCGACUUUGGAGAAGCCAAUUGAGAGCCAGAAAACUUGAGGGAGGUAUGGAUUUCUUUAUGCCCGCCAUGCUCAAAUUCAAGGGAUUCCCUGGCCACCCACUGUGGACAAAUAGAUACUCUAGGGUUGCUUUCAUUGCAAGUGUUAGACCUUGCAAUCUUGGUCAGCUUAGUCUGUACUUGCCGAGCUAGUUGUUUCAUUUGUGCAUUCUCAC